UUCUAACAAAAAAGACAAGUAAGUUUUCGAAAUAGACUACUCACAAUUUCCUAGCUAGCUCAGAAACAGAUAUCUCCAAACAAACCAAUAACCAACCUCCACAUUCUUUACUGACAUAAACCAAGAUGGCCUUCAAUCUUCGCAACUAUCUCCCUGCUGACUACCAAGUUGGACCUCAUGAUUGCAUUAUUGGUAGGGGCAAGAAAUGCACUCAGAACCCCGGCAACAAGAGAUUCCGUGCCAUCAUCCAAACAACCUUAGACUCCUACUCCAAUGCUCCCUCCAAGGCAAAGAAGUCAGAAAUCAUCAUGGAGGUCUUGUCUCAGGUGAAGGCUGACAAUGGGGUAGGCUUUGUGAAGCAAGCUGAUGGUGGCCGUUACAUCCAAGUGGAAGAAGCUGCCUCCCGCAUUGCCAUUGCUCAGGCUUUCCGUGAUGUCCUAAGUGGAACCUACAAGAGCAGCAAGAAACACAAGCAGAUCCGCCACCUUGAACGCAAGAAUGAGAAGAAGAGUCAAGAAAAGUCUGCCACUACCAGUACUUCUUCAGGCUGUGAGCCAGUCUCUCGAUCCAUUUUCUUCUCAGAAGACGUCCCUAUGCCAAGCCUUGUUGGUAUUUCAGCUGCCAUUGACAACACUAGUUCUGACCUGAUGAAGCCAGCUUCAAUUCAUUCUGUCCUCCCUACCUCAACAUCAUUCGAUAGGUUUCAGCUCCACGACAUACUCAACGAGACAACUAGCAUGCUACUUUCCGUGGAAAUGGAACAAAAGCAAGGAGCAGAGGAAGACUGGGAGCCAUUGCCAGUUCAAGCAUCUGAUGACAUUUUCUCCAAACUCUUUACUGCCUUUGGAACAGCCGAAGAGGAUUCGUUGUUGUGCAGCAAUCCGUUUGAACCAACGCCUCUCGCCGAGGGCAACAACAACCAUGAGUUUCCUUUGAUCAAUGCUUUUGCACCAAUGGCCGCCUGAACGGCAAAUAGUUCGCACCCCGGCACAGCUUUUUGCUCCGAACGGGCGAGCAUAGUAUUCCCUCGGUAUAGACAAACUUCCACAAUAGAACUUCCAUUUAUUUCCCUCGCGAAAC